AUGCCCGCAGAUCUUUCUCAAGUCGUCGGCUUCACUCUUGAGGACAAGCCUGUUGCUUGGAACAAGCGCGACCUCCUCACGUACGCUGUGGGCGUUGGGGCGAAGAAUGAUGACUUUCAGUUCGUCUAUGAACUCGAUCCCAAUUUCUCCGCCAUCCCCACCUAUCCUGUUGUUCUGUUCCUCAAGGGCGAAGGCCAAGAUGUGAACCUGUUCAGCGAGACCGUGAAGGGCCGGCCCGUACCCACCAUGCCUCCUAUUGACCCCAACCGUGUCGUGCACGCUACGCAGUCAAUUGAGAUUAUUAAACCUCUUCCGUUGGUCAGUGGUGAAGGAUGGAAGUGGAAGACACGGUACACGGGUGUUGUGGAGAACAAGAGCGGCAUCAUCCUGACCGCUGAAAACUCCCUUGUUGACCCCAAGGGCGUCGUAUACGCCAAACUCUUCUCCUCAUCAUUCAACCUCGGAGCCAAAGCCACUGGCGAAAAGUUCUCCAAGGUCAUUGCAGGCCCUCCUCAGGGUAAGCCUAUCCCCAAGGACCGCAAGGCGGACUGGGUCGUGGGCGACCAGACCACGCCCGAGCAGGCCACUAUCUUCCGCCUCAGCGGCGACUACAACCCGCUCCAUAUCGACCCGCGCAUCGGCAAGGCCGCGGGUUUCGGUGGAGUAAUUCUGCACGGGCUGUCGACAUUCGGCUUCGCUGCCCGGGCGGUCAUCAAGAGCGCGGGCGGAAAUGACCCCAACUCGCUCAAGUUCUUUGGUGUGAGGUUCACAUCGCCGGUGAAGCCGGGCGAUGCGCUCGAGACGAGCGUUUGGGAGGUAGGCAAGGGCCCGAACGGAACGGUUGAGGUGGCGUUUGAGACGAAGAAUUUGACGAGUGGGAAGGUUGUGCUUGGUGGUGGGAUUGCGUAUGUUGUGAAGACUGCUGCAAAGUUGUAA